AUGGAAGAAGAUGAGAUCGAAAUGAUGCGACAAUACUCGGAGUCCCCUCGUUCAAGCAGCCGAACGCCCCGCAACAAACCUCCACCGAACCAAGCACCUCAAGAUACCAUCAAGCAAUUCUGGAAUCAGUUCAACACCAGGUACCCCGGAAAGAUUUUCACCAUAUUACCCAACAAUCCCUACGCUCGCAGUAAAGUUGCACAACAACCGACGGGCGUCAUUCAGGGCUCGGACGCCGCGAGAUCGUAUGAGCAAGCCAGGAAGGAGUGCGAAAUAGCCGUCGAGCGCAUAGUCAAAGAAUGCGAACGAAUCAAUCAGCGAUACAGUGAUCCGCAUUUUGACAUCGAGUUCGAUUUGAAAACUGGAAAGAGGAAUUGUCUAGAUGGCUUGGCCGAGGAGAACAUGGAGAUGCGACCCAGGGGUGUCAAGAGAGUGACGGAUAUCUUUGAACACCCGCAAUUCUACAUCAACGGCCCGACAGCAGGCGAUGUGCGCCAAGGACGAGACGGAGACUGUUGGCUUAUGGCUGCAUUGUGUACCAUGGGAAAUAAGCAAGGUUUGAUUGACCGAUUAUGUGUUGCUCGAAACGAGAAAGUUGGCGUAUACGGCUUUGUGUUUUAUCGAGACGGCGAAUGGCAACAAUUUAUAAUCGAUGAUAAGCUCUAUCUCCGCGCCGCCGAUUACGAUGAAUCGAUCGAAGAACGACCAAUAUGGGACGAUAUAAGUAGAAAGGACACAGAGGAAGAAUAUCGCAAGGUGUGGCAGACCGGAUCGCGAGCAUUGUAUUUUGCACAGUGCUCGGACGAUAACGAGACAUGGCUUCCGUUGCUGGAAAAGGCGUAUGCCAAGGCUCAUGGAGAUUAUACGGCGAUUGAGGGUGGUUUCGUUGGAGAGGCGAUAGAAGAUCUUACAGGUGGAGUGACCUCCGAGAUUUUAUCGACCAAUAUUUUGGACAAAGACAAGUUUUGGAAAGAAGAGCUGAUGAAUGUCAAUAAACAAUUCCUUUUCGGCUGCGCAACUGGUAUCUUUUCGAAUUGGCUGGAUCCAAAAUAUCGAGGACCACCGAGAGAGCGCAAAGGUAUUUCUGAGGGACACUCAUACUCUAUCAUGGAGGCAAAGGAAAUCAAUGGUGUCAGGUUGCUUCGCUUGAGAAACCCCUGGGGAAAGAAAGAGUGGAGCGGUGCAUGGAGUGACGGUUCCGAGGAGUGGACUCCGGAGUGGAUGAAGCUUCUUAAUCACAAGUUUGGCAAUGAUGGAGUAUUUUGGAUCUCGUAUGACGACCUUCUCAAAAAGUACCAACACUUCGACCGGACGCGCCUUUUCGGACCCGAAUGGACACUUACUCAGCAGUGGAUGAGCCUGAACGUGCCGUGGUCAGCAGACUAUGCUUAUGAGAAGUUCGUGAUUGAAAUAUCACGUACCAGCCCAGUAGUCGUUGUGCUGUCUCAGCUUGACACCCGGUACUUUAGAGGGCUCGAAGGGGAAUACGACUUUACACUGCAAUUUCGACUACAAAAGGAGGGCGAAGAGGACUACAUCGUUCGUAGCAGCACAAACUAUAUGAUGUCUCGAUCAGUGAAUACAGAUAUCACGCUAGACGCUGGAAGAUACUGUGUUCUGGUAAAAGUGACGGCCUACCGACGCAAGAACGCGGACAACCCGGAGGAUGUUGUGCGACGUACCGCGUCGAGUCGACGAGAGAAACUAGUUCAGAUGGGCCUCUCAUAUGACCUAGCUCAUACCAAGGGCCUUACAUUGGAAACGGAGGCGGAAAAGAAAGAGCGCGAGGAACGCGAGGAACGACAGCGAUUCCUCGAACGACAGAAGCUCCGUGACCAGACGAUGAAGAAAUUACAGCAACAGCAUAUCCGCGAGAAGAAGAUACAAGCAAGAAGAGAAAGAAUGAUGAAACGUGAACGACUUCGAGAGGCUGUAGAAGCGGGACAGCACUUCCCCGCCGAAUCCGAGGACGACGCAGAGGAUGAAGAGUUGACUCCCAGAGUUGGGCAUGAUCAGGACAAACUCGAUCAGAUGAUCAGUACACGCAACGGCAACGGACUACAGCCAACAACACGACGAGCACGCGUAUCAAGCAGACCGAUCCGACCAAUGCUCAGAACAGAUUACCCCAAGACAAGCGCCAAUCAUUACCAGGAAAUGAUGGAAUUAUUGCAAGACUUUGAAUUCGACUCUGAUCUCGACAUGCCACCGGAACACUCACCAGCACAUCCCUCUCCUUCCUCUACUGCAUCGUUUCCAGGCCCUCCACCUCCCAACAGAGGAGCAGGAGGAGAUGGAAGCGUCAACCCAUGGAACGCAGUCUGCGUUGUUGGAUUAAAAGUGUUCUCCAAGGACCCCGAGUUGAAAUUGCAGGUUGUACGACCGGGAUGUUAUGAUGGGGAAGCGGCGUUGGAUCGUGAUGACCCUGCAGUUUCGGCGACGUUUGAGACGAGAUCCUCAUUCUUUUUUAAGGGGUAG